AGCUUUGCCCCAAAUUGUCCAAUGUCUCCCACUGCUUUUAGAACAAAUCCCAAUUUCUAGCAUGGUCAUUGGUGAGCCAUUGCCCAACCCUGGAUUCUGGCCUCCAUCUACCUCCCAAAGCCCUGUCCCCAGUGGCCUUGGUGCUUCUGCAAAAUACACAUACUGAGAAGAUUCUUCAUCCUACAGGCCUGUGCCUAAGGGUCUCCAAUUAAAGACAGCGAUAUUCCCACACCCUAUACACGACUUUCACCAGUUUGUAGAUAAAAUUUAUUCCCGUGACUGGGUUUUCCCCAUCUUCACCGCUGGUCAAAGUCUAAAGAAGCCGGAGACAGAAGCUUGUUCCUUGUUCUGCUCAGUGACGGAAACAGCGCUUGGAGUAGAGUACCACUGUACAAAUAUUUGCAGAAUGAAUGAAUGAACACACGGAGGAAGGGGAAGGACUUCGUCCUGUGAUGGCCCAGGCUUUUAAGUCAAGCACUUGAGGAGGUGCUGGUGGUGGCAGAAGAUUGAGGAAUUCAGCGUCAUCGUCACUUAUCUUCAUACAGCGUUCGAAGUUGGCCCAAGCUACAUGAGACUUUGUCUCAAAAAAAAAAAAAGGGAAUUCCUGAGGCUGAAAUAAUAUUUUUAUUAUUAUUAAAUUAUUAUUAUUAUAUAUCAUUAUGCAAUAAUCUUUUUUUUUUUCCAGGUUAUGGGAUGGAGACGCGCCCGCAGGAUUUACUCCGCAGUCUCUCCCAAGGUUGCUAGGUUCCAGGCCCCCAGUAACUGGGGCAAAGGUCGACCCUAGCCACGGGUGCCGUCUGGUCUGUGAGGCCACGCCCCGCGUUGCCAAGGCACCCAGAAGCGUGUGGGUGGACGAGUCCUACGGCAGAAAGGCCCAACCCUCGGCCGCCGGUAAGGGUCUGAGCCGAGCGAUGGGGGCGACGCGAGAAGCAUCUCGGACCUCGUCUCAGCCCGAGCUCUCAGCGGGGCCGCGGCGCACCUUGCACAACUCACUCCACUUCUUCUGGAGGAAGCCCGAGCCCCACCAUGGACCACGCACGCCCGACCCGCGGCGGGCGGCCGGGCGCAAGGGUCCCGGCCGAGCCGGAGCCGCAUCCCCCUAUGCCGCCUCGGCCCGGGCCUCCCGCUCCGCCUCCUCCCGCGCCGAGGCCUCCCACUCCGCCGCGCCCGGGGCCGCCGCCUCGGCCUCCAGCCCCGCCCCGCCGCCAGGCUCCGCCUCCCGCCCCAGCGUGAGCCCAGCCCCGGGCCGCCUUUCCCGCUCCAGCCGCCGCGCGCUGGCCGUGGCGUGCGCGCUUGCCUGGCCAGCCUUCCGGCGGUCCUCUCGGCCCCGCCGUCAGUACGCCGGUAAGAUGGCGGCGCCCAGCGAGCCCACGGACUUCCCUCGCAGCAGUGCCUUCUCCUUCCUGCCCCGCGGCGCGCGCUCCGACAUGACCGACGACUUGGUGACUGACGCGCGGGGCCGUGGCACAGGGCAUAGGGACGCCGCCGCCUCGGCCCCGGCCCCGGCCCCGGCGCCGCAAGGUUCGGAGCACGGGAAGCGGCCGUGCCGGGCCUGCGUGGACUUCAAGUCGUGGAUGCGGACCCAGCAGAAGGAUCGGGAGGAAUUAGGUCGCCACACCUGGGCUUUCCUCCACACGCUGGCCGCCUAUUACCCGGACAUGCCCACCCCAGAACAGCAGCAAGAUAUGGCCCAGUUCAUACAUUUAUUUUCCAAGUUUUACCCCUGCGAGGAGUGUGCGGAAGACAUAAGGAAGAGGCAGGAACCAGCCAGACACCCGCACUCGGGUCUCCUUCAGCCAGUGGCUGUGCCGCCUGCACAAUGAGGUGAAUCGGAAGCUGGGCAAGCCUGCUUUUGACUGUUCAAGAGUAGAUGAGCGAUGGCGUGACGGCUGGAAGGACGGCUCCUGUGACUAGAAGAUUGUCAGCAGAG